AUGAAGACUUCAUUCAGCAUACUAUCCAUUGCCUUCCUUGUUUCCCAGGUUGCUGGACAAUGUUCCAUUUGUCCUGGUGGAGCUAGAUCGAUCACUGACAUUCGAGCCCAAUUGGUAAAAGGUGGACCAUCGUGUGGUGAUAUUGACGACAAAGUCCUAGUGGAAGGAGGAACAGAUGACAACUUGUGUACAUUCGCCAAGGAUGAUGUCAACUCGGAAUUCGACUAUUCCAAGUUCUGCUGUUCCGACGUUACCAUCAACAACAUUCAGUGCAGUUUCUGCGACGGUCGUGCCUUUGAUGUCAACCGUAUCUUGCCAGCAGAUACCAACCCACAAGGGUUGACUUGCGGAGAAGCCAAAUCCAUGGCGGACGUUACCAAAGACGCGGAUUCCUUUACGUGCACGCAAAUCUUGGCCGCUAAUGCCGGAUGCUGUGAAGCUUCCUGCUCCAUUUGCCCACUUGGAUCAUCUUUGGAGGACGGAAGCCGAGUCUUGCCUGGACAAGAUACCUUGACUUGCGCUGCCUUUAACCUACAACUUGGUACUUCUGAAGGCACUAGCCAGUGCAAUGCCGCCAAGGCUCCCUUCACCGACUACGAUUUGGCAUCCUACUGCGGAUGCUCCGGAGAAGAUCCUCCGGCGGUCUGCGACUACGCUGAGGAAUGCCCAGAUGGCAUUGAAGACCGAAGCCAGGUUGUCGAAGGUGCCUUUGGAUUGACUUGCGGUCAAUUUGAACGCUUGGCAGACUUCAUUCGAACUGGAUCCGUCUGUAACCGGUGGUCAGAAUGCUGCCGAACUGCCGAAACUACUACCACAGCUCGCUCAGGUGCCUUGGACUCUAGAACUUCCAAGCUGGCUGUAGUCCUCACCCUUGGUGUGCUAUCAUUGCUUUCGGUCUAA